UUUUAAUGAACCCUAAAAUUAAAGUGGGAGUAAGUGGCUUACUCUUCAGAUUGACCAAGACAGCAUUGAUAUGCAAGAAAAUUCCCAAGAGGCCAGAUAUAUUCAUCAUCCAGAGAGAACAUUUCCCAAACGAAGGGAAAUUUGUAAUUCCAGGUGGGCAUCUCGAAUUCGGGGAAACAUACAAACAAGGCUUAAGAAGAGAGCUUAAGGAAGAAACAGGGGUUAAUGCUGGAUUCAUCCAUGAUUUGAUCCCUGAGAUAACAGGAGGAGAGCAUACCUCUACUUCUUUUAGCAGCCUUGUGACUAAUUUGAUAUUUCCUGAGAAAGCAGUCCAAUACGUGAUUAUUUCUAAGCUUUGUUAUAUCAUUCCAGAUGAAGAAUUUGAAGAAAAUGAUUGAGGGAACGAAGUUCCUGAUUUUCAUCUUGACGCAGUAGGCGAGUGGAACACCUAUGAGCAGUUCCUAGAAAGGCCAGAUGAGCUCUAUGUGGAUGGCAUUCAGAAGGUGAUCAGACAUGGCUAUAGAGAGCUUGAUUCCUUCUGUAAAAGAUAUGACAUUGAGCAGUUUAUUUAA